AUGUGCCAGCGCCAUAGAUUUGAAACGCAGCUCCUUCCAACUGCGGAAGAGGCAGGUUGGCCGACAUGCAUUGACUUCACAGCACUCCCCAAGCGAGUGAUUGCUUUGCGGCAACGCCUGACAGGUAUAUUACAUGACAAAGAAAAGAGUGUUCUUUGGCGCGAGUUGAAACAAGAUAUUGAAAAGAAGGGUGCCAGGAAGGCAAUGGGCCUUUUGGACCAAUUCAAUACCUUUGAGAAGAGUCAGCCUGGAUAUUACGGAGAGCAAGGAUCUAUCAUCAUAUCUCAAACGCUAAACAAUCUGUUUCCACCAGGCACUGUCGACGCCGAUCGAGUCACACCUCUCACGCCUGCUGAGUUCAUCCGACGCAUUCUUGUACCGGAAUGCGCUGUGGCGCUAAUUCAGGAGGACUCUGGAUGGGGAAUGAGCAUCGAGGAUGCGAUUCGCACGAUGCGCGAGAGCAGCACUUAUGGAACUGCCAUGUUCCCAGAU